AUGAAACCAAUUAUUGAUCUUGAAGUUGAGGCCUCCUCAGAAGACGUUUCCGAAGUUAGCAGCCAAGUAGCUUCCAACUUAUCAAACCAAGAAGCUUCUGCAGGUCCCUCCAAUGACAGCCUCACUAACUCUUCUUAUCUCACAAAUGCCACAGCAACACAAUCCGGUUCAGACAUGGUUUCCCUUGACUUAACUCUUUGCUUCAAUAAUGAUGAGCUAGGAGGAAGGGACUCAAUGGGACUCUCAUUGUCAAGCACAAGUGAGAGUAGCAACGAACCUGCAUCGCGCACUACAGCCGAAGCAAUACCACGGGUUUUUUCAUGCAAUUACUGUCAGCGUAAAUUCUUCAGCUCUCAGGCACUUGGUGGACACCAAAAUGCUCACAAGAGAGAAAGAACAUUAGCAAAGCGUGCAAUAAGAAUGGGUAUUUUCUCGGAAAGGUAUGCCAGCCUAUCAUCGUUGCCUCUACAUGGAUCCUCGUUUCGAUCCCUAGGAAUCAAGGCACAUUCUUCUGUGCACCAAAACUAUGCAUCAUCAGUAAAGUCACCAGAAAUAAGAAGCAGUGCAAGAUUUGAUCAAGGUUAUGCAGGUCUGCCAAUAUUCAUGGAUGAUGACGAGGCAGAGUUGCUAUGGCCUGGUAGUUUUCGACAGGUAGCUGUGGCGGACGAUGCUCACCAAAGUUUUGUACUCACAGGAAGUUCAACUAUGAAUUUUUUUGGGGCAACACCACCGGUGGACUUAGACGAUUCUGCGCCAGAUCUCACACUAAAACUUUGA